AUGGCAGCCCCUCAACAGGGAGCAACGAGACCACAGGAGGUCGAUUUCGCUGCCCGCAGCUCCUGCGAAAACAAUGCGCUUAACCGACGCAGUCGCUUACCCCUGGAUACGUCGGUCGCUCCCGUGCACCAGAACGGGUGCUUUGAGAUCGAUCGUGUAAUAAAGAGCGGAUGUGUUCAGAAGCGCACCCAGAAGACAAAGAACUGGAAGAGCGUUUACCUUGUUUUACGACCAAAUGCCGUUUCUUUAUACAAGGACGACAAGGAAGCCAAGCUCCGACAUCAGAUUUACCUGUCAGAACUCUCUGCCGUCGCCAUCCUCAAGGACCCAAAGCACAAGCGAAAAAAUCUAUUUGGACUUUUUUCCGCCUCGAGAAAUUUCCAUUUUGCGGCCCCCACGCCGCAGGAUGCGCAAGAAUGGGUUGACUUGAUCCGCAAGGUUGCCAGGCUCGACGAAGAAGAGGACGAAAUGUAUUUUGGCAGCCCGGUGGCGCAUGGCAUGUCGCCAACCGCGCCAGCACUCGAGAGCUGGGGAAACCACAUAGACAAUGCGCUUUCAAGCUCGCCCGAAAACCUGGGCCCCUUUGACCCUUCUGCGCCAAAAUUCAUGGGAGGACACCGUCGCUUAUCAUACACGCUGGAAUCCUCUGGUCUAUCUGGCAACGAAAUGCUCUCGUACUCUGACUUUUCCGACAGCGAGGUUCAACGAAGCCAUGGCGUAUCCUUUGAGAAUCUCGCCGUCAAACCGAUUCCCGAAACAACAGCAACAAACGCGCAACCUCGACAGGCCGUCCUACCAGGCCAACGUCCAGAAACGUCCGCCCGCUCGGCGAGUCAAAUAAGCGCCGUGACCGCUGAGCAGGAAUCCGAACGGGUUAUUUGGCAAGGCUCGCUCUGGAUGCAGCGAACCAAACGCGGCGUACGUCAGUGGAAAAGCAUGUGGGGAGUGCUGCGAGCGCGACAGCUCGUGCUGUACAAAGACGAGUCCGAAUAUGCUGCACAGGCCAUCAUCGAAGUGGCUGACGUUGUCAACGUUGUCGAAAUCGACCCUGUCAGCAAGAGUAAGACGCACUGCCUCCAAAUCAUCACCGAGGAGAAAACGCACCGCUUCUGCGCGCCCGACGAGGAGUCUCUGGUGCUAUUUCUUGGUGCAUUCAAGAGUCUGCUGACCAAGAGGCGAACGAUGGAAGCCCGCACGUUAGCGACCGUCGUGGUUAAUCCUCCAUCAUCAUAA